GCAAUUGCAGGAGAAGGUGGAAGGGAGGCCAGAAAGACGUGCUCGAGGACACCCAUUCUCGAGGGAAAUUCUAGCUGCGCCGUUACCUGCAAGUUUUCGGGAAAUAAACCUGAUUUUAGAUGGAUCGAGUGACCCGUCGAGGCACGUGAGAGCAUUCGAAAACAUGUCCGUCUUACAUGGAUACUCAGAUUCGGUCAGCUGCAGGGCCUUCUUGUCGACCUUACGAGGAGGUGCGCUUGACUGGUUCCACCAACUGACUCCAGGUUCGAUCAGAGACUUUGAGGACUUCGCAGGACAACUCACUAAUCAAUACUCAAGCGCGGUCGCCCAGGAGAAAACAUACCUCACCCUGAUGGCAAUGAGGCAAGGCGAGAAAGAAUCAUUACGGAAAUAUGUUGCUCGAUAUAAUCAGGUGUGUCUGGAGGUGCCCACGGCGGGUGAUGAAGUGAAAGCAGGAGGAUUGAUUAGAAGGCUAAGGCCAGGACCAUGUCGAACGUCGCUGGCAAAGACGCCUGCUCGAACUUACGAUGAGGUGCUCAAGAGAUGCAAGAAAUACAUUAACUUGGAAGAAACGGAAGCAGAAUUCGCCAAGCUCGAGGACGUUGUGCAGCCCGAGCAGAAGAAAGGAAAAACAAGCUCGCCCAGAAGGGGAUCGCCUAGGAAAAAUUCUCCAAAAGGAGGAUCUUUUAAGAGGUCGUCGCCCAGGAGGGGUGGGCAAAAUUCGUUCCGAGAAAGGCGAGAAGAUCGCUGGCAGGGGCGACCUCGGCUACCAAGCGGUCAGAGAUAUAAUCAUUUUACCCCUAUCAACGCCCAGAUGGGCGAAGUCUUGGCGGCCAUAGAGGAGAAGUUGGAAAGCAAGAAAGUCACCUGGCCAUCGACCAGGUUCGAGGGACCGACCAAACCUAG